CCAGCAUGCCCUGCGUUCUCCCCUCGCGCAAGCCUGAUCACACAAACGGUUUGUUAACGGUGUUCAGGCACUUUUACCUGUUUGAACUCUUCGGUGCUGCUUUGUUUCAUGAUGUAAGUUCUACUUCUGACAACAACACAGGUGUGACAGGAGCUUCGGGUGUUAUGAACAACUAUGAGGUCAUUCGUCAGAUCGGAGAGGGAGCGUUUGGUAAAGCCUUCCUGGUUCGAGACAAAGAUGGCGGCGGAGAGAGACAGUGUGUGGUCAAACAGAUCAACCUCAGGAAGAUGUCAGCGAGGGAGAAGGAAGCGUCGAAGAAAGAAGUGACUCUGCUGUCGAAGAUGAAACACCCGAACAUCGUCUCGUUCAUCAGCUCCUUUCAAGAGAGGGGCGGCCUGUACAUCGUGAUGGAGUACUGUGAUGGAGGAGAUCUGAUGAAGAAGAUCAACAUGCAGAGAGGAGUCUUCUUCAGGGAGGAGCAGGUGGUCGCCUGGUUCGUUCAGAUCUGCCUCGGACUCAAACAUAUCCACGACAGGAAGAUCCUCCACAGAGACAUCAAAGCUCAGAAUAUCUUCCUCACCAACGGAGGGAUGAAAGCGAAGCUGGGGGACUUUGGAAUUGCAAGAAUGCUGAAUAACACCAUGGAGCUGGCCAGGACUUGUGUGGGGACGCCGUAUUACCUUUCCCCAGAGAUCUGCGAGAGUCGCCCCUACAACAACAAGACGGAUAUCUGGUCUCUGGGCUGCGUCCUGUAUGAACUCUGCACCCUGAGGCAUCCAUUUGAGGGCAGCAGUCUGCGGCAGCUGGUCAGCAAAAUCUGCAGGGGGCGCUACAACCCUUUACCCACCCGCUACUCCUACGAGCUCCGCCUGCUGGUCACCCAACUCUUCAAGGUGAACCCUCGGGACCGCCCCUCGGUCAGCUCGGUGCUCCGGCGUCCCUUCCUGGAGAAGCUCAUCUGCAAACACCUGGACCCACAGGUGAUGCAGGAGGAGUUCAGUCACACAGUUCUGCAUCGACACAGAGCAGCAGCGUCUCAGGUGUCUAAAGGACGAACAGUGAACACAGCAGAGAAGAUUCAGAAGUCCAGAGCUGCAGAGAGAGCCGCGGUCGCUGUGAAGAAACUUCCUGCCAAACCCGAGUGGAGAGUCCCCCUCAGAGCCUACAGCCCCGCACACUUCAGACCUCUUCAUCAGAGAGCAGCUGCUGACAGAGAGAUCCACAGGUUAAAUGAGCAGCAGCCGCGCUGCCAUUACCAGCAAUACCACGCCCAGCUGGACGCCUUACAGAGGAGGAAGAGGGAGGACGUCCUCCCUCCUCCUCUUCCUCCUCCUCCUCCUCACCUGGAGAGAGAGAGGGAGCCACAUGAAGUCCCGUCUGUGGAGCCGUACCAGAUCGUGGCUGCAGCUCGUAAUGAAUACCUGCAGAGGAGACACGAAGCAAACCAGUACAAACUGAGAGCGGAGAAACAGCUGGGUCUGCGUCCGUGUACAGCUGAGAGCAACAGGAGGCCUGAAGGUCAAGAGCAGGAAGAGCGAUCACCUGAACACCAACCAGCAGCUCAGGAGAGGAGGCCGGACGGACAGCAGGAGUACCUGCGUCAGCUGGACCUCAUCAGACAGCAGUAUCACCAGGAAAUGAGACAGAUGAGGCAGAGAGCUGAAGCAGAGGCUCAGCCACAACACAAACAUGAAACCUUUGUGGUGGACAAACCCAGAGACCCUGAACCCUCUGCAGACAGCAGAGAGCAGCCGAGAGUCUCACCUGCACAGGACGUUGAAGCGGCUCUGAAGCAGAUCAGGGAGGAGAACAGAGACCAGAGGAGAGCUCUGGAGAAGAAACACAGAGACAAGAAGGGAAUCAUGUUUGAGAUCCGGUUAGAUGAAGAAGGGAUGAAAAAGGAUGCAGAGGAGGAAAAAGAGGAGAUGAAGAAAGAGGAGGAAGAGGAGGAAGAGGAGGAGGAAGUCGACCUUCUGAACCAGACUCUGACCUUCCAGCAGGGAGAGGACAUGAAGCUCAGGGAUUGGUCAGAGGGGGCGAGAAGGGGGUGGAGCCAAAGGACUCCUCGGACUCUGCUGGAGGCACUCUGCAACAUGGACGUCUACUCUGCAGACAACACGGUCGGAGGCGAACGAGGCGAGGAGGCGGCAGGUCGCAGGGUGUGGGCUGACGGCCCCCCCAACACACUGCUCAACGCGCUGGCUGAGGCUGAUCUCACGACCUCGACUCUGGACUCAGCGACUGAAGAUUUAAAGUCAGAGGAGGAGGAGGAAGAGAAGGAAGUGAGGGAGGAAGAGAAGGAAGUGAGGGAGGAAGAGAAGGAGGUGGGGAGGGAGGAGGAGGAGGUCUCUGACGUAGAGAUGGAUGAAGAACGUCUGGAGCCGAGGUCGGACGAUGACGACACAAACUUUGAGGAGUCGGAGGACGAGCUCAGGGAGGCGGUGGCAGACUCCAUGAAGAAUCUGUUUGUGAUGGAGGACGGGAGCUCGGAGGAGGAGAGAACAGAAGAGGGAGCGGAGGCGGAUGAUGGGAGUGAGGCGAGGGAUGAGAGAAGAGUUGCAGACCCUCAACAAGUUCAGACAGAGAUCGAGGAUUCAGGUGAUGUCGCUGCUAAUCUGACUGAGGUUGUCGUGCCUGAGCUUGAAGGAGGUGACGGUCAGUUUGAUAACACACAGUAUCAAACCACCUGAGUGCAAACAUACCUUCAGUGUUGGACAAUAAGACCUCAGCAGCUGGAGCAUCUUUGUCUCGUUAUACUGAAUCUACACUGAACAUCUGUAACAACCAAGACUCUGAGAUGUUAAAUUAAUGAAAUUGGAGUUGAGAGGCCGGGAGAACCCAGUCUGUUGUCUGCAGUGUUUAUGAUCUGUAAUUUAAGGUUCCUUUUUAGAGAAUUGUGCCCUGAAAACAACUGUGUCAGAAAGUAUGUGAAGAGACUUUUUGUUUUGGUCGGUCUCUUUGCUCUAUCACGUUUCAUACCGUCUGAGAUCCAAACUGUGCAACACACUUGACCAUGUUUCUCUAACUGUGAAUGUGUCUCUAGUCUGUCUACAAACCCCCCAAUGAUGACAAAAGUCCAUCCUCU